AUGUUUAUUUUUUUUAUUAACACACCCACACCACCAAAUAUUUUUUUUUCCAAAAAUAUAAAAAUAAAAAAAUUAAUGAGGUUCAGUUGCACAGAAGUUUGCAUUUUUUUUUCCUUAAUUUUUUUUUUUUUUUUUUUUUUUUUUUGUGUGAAUUGGGGGUGUGAAAAUAAUUUGUUGUCAAGAAAAUAUCAAAUGAAUCGAGACACUUGCAAUUUUUGA